AUGAACAUGUUCACGGAUACCAGAAGACAUGACCGCCGCUCACUCAUUUACCGCCCGUUCACUAUCGAGGAAGAAGUGACCUUCUCCGAGGAGGAAGAUGUCAGCGUUGAAAAAGACCCGAAGUGUUCACCUUGGUCCCCGUCUCGAAAGUUCAAUGAUCGCCUCCCUCCAGCCAGGAACAUGAAGGGAUUAUCGGGAAGCCGCUCCCAGCACCAGAUCCCUUUACCCUAUGGCUUGGACUAUGACCCCCACGUCCAUGACCUCCACGCUCACCAUGGCGCCGACACCCGCCACUCAUCCUACCUGCUCAGCCCCACCGAGAGCUGCCCCAUGGAUUUCCACCACCGCUACUCGCCACGCAGCUCCGUCUACUCUGACUGCAUGAUGAUGACCCCUGUCACGAUGCCUCCUGUCCCCGUGCCGGAGCACAUCUCCAGCAGCACCUUUCCCAGAAUGCACUACAGCUCUCAGUAUUACGACUCGGCCACAAGGGACGACUGCGCCGCCAUCACAGCCUCUGCCACCUCGCCGGCGGUCGCCGCCGCCGCGGCCGCAGCGGCCGCCGCCUCCCAUCUCGCCGGCACCAAGAGCAAUCGCCUUCCUGCAAACCUAAUGGACCAGUUUGAGAAACAACUGCCGCUCCACCGCGACGGCUUCCACACGUUACAGUACCAGCGCACCUCCACCACCACUGAGCAUCGCAGCGAGAGUCCGGGCCGCAUUAGACACCUCGUUCAUUCCGUCCAGAAGCUCUUCACCAAGUCCCACUCCCUGGAGGGAUCGUCCAAGAUGAAUGGCACAAAAGGUGACGUUAUGGGGGGUGGAGGAGGCAGUUAUCACCAUCAUGGCCACCACUCCACCAAACACGGUAGCAGGAGGAGCAAGAGCAAAGAACGCAAACAGCGCUCUGGCGGCUGGUGGAGCUCCGAUGACAACCUGGAUAGUGACAGCACCUACCGCACACCCAGUGUCAUGUCGCGGCACCACGGGGAACACGUCAGCCACUGCUACCCUGACUCCAUGCACAGCCAUCACUUUGGAGACCUGUCACUCAAGACCUCGAAGAGUAACAAUGAUGUCAAGUGCUCCGCCUGUGAGAGCCUGGCCAUGGCGCCCGAGGGCAAAUUCAUGAAGAGGAGCUCCUGGUCGACACUGACAGUCAGCCAGGCCAAGGACGCCUACAGGAAGUCAUCGCUUAACCUAGAGAAACCCAUGAUGCACUCGGACCACAAGCCUUCAUCGCGAGCAUUUCACUACCUGCAGGUACCCCAAGAUGAGUGGAGUGGAUACCCAGGCGAGAAGGAUGAUGAGAUCCCAUGUCGACGGAUGCGCAGCAGCAGUUAUGUGAAAGCUAUGGGAGAGGUGGACGAUGAGAGCGGUGACUCUGACUGCAGCCCUAAGACCUCCCCGCUGAAGGCCAUUCGGCCUGAUGCUCUCGUCCUCAAAUCAGCCAUGCAGAGACCCCAUUAUGACUCCCAAAGCCAGGGCUACCACUUGCAAACCACAAGAGAUAUGCGACCCCACCCUAGUGUCACGCUGGACCCUGCCUCCUUUCACCCUCCGCCCUUCCGCUCUCGCAACCAGAGCUACAUGCGGGCCGUCAGCACCCUCAGUCAGGCUAGCUGCGUCAGCCAGGUGAGUGAGACUGAGAUCAAUGGCCAGUUUGAGUCAGUUUGCGAGUCCGUUUUUAGUGAAGUAGAAUCCCAGGCCAUGGAAGCCUUGGACCUGCCUGGUUCGUUCCGCACUCGAAGCCACAGUUACCUCCGUGCAAUUCAGGCUGGUUUUUCCCAAGAUGACGACUGCUUGCCUUCAAUGACAUCCUCCACUGUCACUUCAACUCUCAGAUCAACAGGCGUCCGUAGCUUAGCUGGGGGGCGUAGAGAGUACGGUAGGUCUGGGAUUCAGUUUCGACUGCCUUCUUCCUGCAGUGUGGACCGCGCUCAGCCACCUCCAGCGGUAUCCUAUCCUCCCAGUUACAAGAAGACUCCACCUCCUGUGCCCCCGCGCACCACCACCAAGCCUCUUAUCUCUGUGACAGCCCAGAGCAGUACAGAGUCCACCCAAGAUGCCUACCAGGAGGGCAGGCAUCCGCGGGGCGGCCUGUGGACCACGGAUAGCCUCGGCCGCCCCAUCUACAGCUCCGUGGACAGCCUGGACAGCACCAAGGCUGUCACCAUGGCCAUGGAGUCGGCAGCGGGCAAGAGGCAUGCGUCCUUGGGCAGCCACACCUCCGUCCAGACGUGUGACAAAGCGGUCCUGGUGUCAAAGGCCGAGGAGUACCUCAAAACCCCCCGUUCCUCGAUUGGGAUACAGGUGGAAACUGUAACGGACUCUGAGACCGAAAGCAAAGGCCUUCCUCAGUUCCACUCGAUAGGGAUCCAGGUGGAGGAUCACAAACGGCACGGGAGGUUCAAGCGCUCCAACAGUGUGACCACUGCAGUGCAAGCAGACAUGGAGUUGGAGGGCUUUCCCUCCAUGGAGGACAAGGGCCUGCAGUUUGGCGGCGGCUUCGGUCGCCACUCUGAGCCCAGCACGCCCACUCAGUACGGGGCCGUCCGCACGGUGCGCACACAAGGCCUGUUCAGUUACCGGGAGGACUACCGGCCCUCCAGCGGGCCCACCAGCCCACAGCCUGAACCCUGGCUGGUCGAGCCCAGUCUGGAGCGACCCGAAGCCGGCCGAGUGUCCCCGCUCCGCAGGGACGGCAGCUGGUUCAUGCAGCUCCUUCACAAUGAAACCAAGCGGCUGGAGGGGAGGUGCAAAGAGAUGGAGAGAGAAGCGGAGGAGAACGACCUGACAGAGGAGAGUGAGUGUCCCGAGGGAAACGACGUUCUUGUCAAAACGGGAGCUGCUUUAGUGGUCUCAGUCCUAGGAAAAAUCCGGAGUGCAGUGGGAAGUGCUCAGCUACUGAUGUCUCAAAAGUUUCAGCAGUUUUACUGGCUGUGCCAGCAGAAUCUGGACCCCAGUGCCAUGCCCAGACCCACAUCUCAGGACCUGGCUGGAUUCUGGGACCUCUUGCAGCUUUCCAUUGAUGACGUCACUGCCAAGUUUGAUGAGCUGCAGCAGAUCAAGAGCAACCAGUGGCAGCUGGAGGAAAACCCAGAUAAGAAGGAGCAAAAGUGGCCCCCCCCUCUGCCAAAGCGGCCAUCCAAGGGGCGUGGCGGUUUGAUGCGAGAGCGCUCUCUGGACCUUCAGGACCGCCAGCGGCAUGAAGCCCGCAGGCGCCUCAUGGCUGCCAAGCGAGCAGCUUCUUUCAGACAGAACUCAGUCACGGAGAGGGCGGACAGCAUCGAGAUCUACAUCCCUGAAGCCCAGACGCGGCUUUGAGGUCCCCGGAUUCAUCCUGAGCUCCUCUUGUCCACCUCCACCCAAAACGUGUCACAACCAGCCCGCUGUCAUCAUCUGUCAUCGCUCGUCCACUUCUUUCAUCGCCUGUCGCCAUUCUCUGGGUUGUACCCUGUUGAAGCUACGCUAGGCAAGAUUGCACUCGUAAAUUCAUCUUUUCUAUCAGCUUAGAUGACAAUGUGGCUCGGCCUUAGGGAAGAACGGCCAAACUUCAGAUGAGUCGGGUGUGGACAGUCGAUUUCCUCCUGAAAGUCAUGAAUGAAGCUUAAAACUGAGAAAAUGGGACACACCAGCAUUAGACUUUCUUCCUCUUUCCCUUUUGGGAUUCUUUGGUUGAAACUGAUCACAGGCCAGCUGGAUUGGUAAACAUGAGCCACUAACCGUUGAACAGUGAAGUUGCCUAGUGUAGCUAGAAAUCCCCCCCGAGGGACUCUUUACACCACAAGAAUGAGCCACCGUAUCCCAAAAUAAACAUUUCACAGAUUUAUAUUUUAUAUUUUAGCCACAGUAUGUCAAGUUCGUCAUUUAAUUGUUCAUAACCAUCACCGUUACGGCUGUCUUCAACAUGGUCGCCGUUGCCCCACUGUGAGUGAGGUGAUGCUGUACGUGCAACAUUCAAAGGGAGGCGCAAAGUGACAUGUUCCAGCAACACUGGUCUUGGGCCGGAGCUCCCAGUGUGGGAACAGCGGCAGCAGAGGUUGAUGGUUCCCACAGUGAUGGAUCUUAGCAAGGCAACAAACCCUUAAAACUAUGUUGAAUAUUGCCUGAACAGAAUACAAAUACAACUAUUUUUGAUCGGGUUCAAACUUUACACGUCUUUUCUACGGCGGUGGCUGAACGCUGGGACCGCGGUCGAUCCAUUUCCUGCCAGUGUGCGGUAGAACGGUCUUCGAGAUGUCUGAGAGCGUGUCUGAGGUGCUGCACAGCUUCUAUCAUCCAUCCAUCUUCAACCAGGCGUGCUGCAGACCAGUGUUGCCGAAUGAGAUCUGAAAAUAAGGAUACAAAUAUGAGACCAUCAUUUGAGCAUUGGUUCAUUUUCAUUCAUUUCCCAUCUCCCUCUUUACAUUUGAAAGCUAUGUGCGUUAUUUGCUGCUGGAUACAUUUCCAUUGCAGAACAAAUAUGAAUUAUUAACACAAAAAAACCCUGUUUUGCGGAGCCUGGAAGAGGUGACUGUAUCAAACAAUGCAUUUUGCACCUUAUAAUAUUCAUGUUUGUAUUUCCAAGGGAAAUGUAGUUUAUGAAGCUCAUGUGAUAUUGUUGCAGUUGAAUUGCAAGGACGGAUAUGGAAAAUGUAGGACAGAAUUUCAUGUUACUCUCCAGGUCAUACAACCUGCACCUUGUGUUUACAUUCCUUUCUGAUGGCAUUCAGGCCGCUCGUGAUUACAAUAUUGUGAUUCUAACACUUUUUAUUAUACUUACAGUAUCAUAUGACCAACAUCACAAUCUACGGUAUACAUUUAGUAUUUACAGUUGAAACAGUUGUGGGUUGAUUUGACAAUGCGUUGGUCUUGCUCACAGAAACCAUAUCAUCACACAAAGCAUCCAACCUUUUAUUCCCAGUGGGGCAUAAUGAAAACACUGUUGUUGUUGUUGUGAUCUGCUCAUGUAGUCUAGGAAACACAGGUGCAAAUGACACUUUAACAAUAUUCAGUUACUAUAGUAAAUGGUGCUGCUUUUUACUCUAAAACUGUUUACCCAGUCCUUUGUGCACGCACACACACACUCAAGGACUUUUUAAACAGAGAUUUAUUAACAUGGUGCCCGUCGUCUCUCCGAUGACUUGUGGUGGAUUGUGACUUUAGAAAAGAUCAUCUUUGCAAUGCUCUUGCGCUCAGUGAAGUAAAUGAGGAGACGGUUUGAUGGCUGAACUUCCUUUCUGACAUGCAAAGUGCUCAGUGAUGUGUACAGUGAGAGAUUACAGGCUUUGACACCCCCCCGCCCUUAAAGUAGAACGCUCUGAGCCCCCCCCCCCCCGAGCCGAGGGCACCCUGCUAGCUGAACACACUGCAUUGUACCACUCCAUAUUUCAUAUGACAGCAACGAUGUUUGCCUCACAUUUGCGAUACAUGCGCAUUUAUCCUCAUUUGGCAAUUUAACCAAGUUUAUCAAAACACGUGUAGAGAUAGGGCCAAUAGAAUUAUGCUGAAUACAGUGUUUAAUAUUUCCCAUUUAGGUGUAAUUACAAUAGCACUCAGUAGGGGAGGGCAGUCUAUACACACAUGUGUGAGGCAUAGAACUAUACUUGUUUGAUUUAUGAUGUUUUCUUUUAGCUUAAUAUCUUUUAUUUUGUGACAUGUCUUCAUCAGCGCUAAAUCUGAAACCCUUACCUUACCAGAAGGCCUUAACCCAAACAUGAAUGAAUGUCGAGCCCCUAAUGAUGCAAAAAAGAAAACUUCCCAGGAGAUGAGCAGCUGAUGAGAAUCCAACUGAAUUGAACAAACUUUUACUUUGUGUUUGAUGCAACUCAAUUCUUACUCAUUAAUUUGGUUGAUUUUAAGAUGAAAUAUGAAAAAGAAAAUAGAGACAAAAUGCCAGGUCACUGUGUGACAUUACUGAAACAAAACAUGCAUCUCUGGGAAGAGAUUCUCUGGUUUCAAUGCACGUACAGAUGCACUCAUAGGAGCAUCAAUUCAACCAGGUUCCAAUCAUUAUUACAAUCAAUUGAUUAGAAAUAUUACAUUUACACUUACUACUCCUUGUAGUUCAAAAUUAAAAUACAGAUACAGAAUGAUCUAUGUGGACAAUCUUUCCUAAUACUUUUACUCAGAGCUCUAUAUGUAGACUAGAAAAAGUUUAGAUUUAUAUGCAGUAUAAAUAUAUUUGCAAGACUAGAUAUAUUGUUGUAAUUCCUCUGUAAUUAACCUUCUUCUGACCAAAUUUAAAUUAAGUAGUUUCAUCUAUACCACUUUACUGUACAUUUACUGUGCCCCAGUAUACACUUAAGGACUCAGAAUGAAGGGAAGAAUGUGUUGCCUAAAAAGUGCAUUAUAUAAUUACAAAGACAAAGGUCUCACAAUCUUAAAUUCAAUAGAUUUAUCUAAUAAAGCAUCUUAUUCCAUUAAGGGGCUUUACAUCCAGCAUUAAGACGCCAUUCAUAUUGUAUUUUAGGGAAGAAGGAUCCAACUGAGUGUGGCUGAUUGCAUUUAAUUGCCCUCUUUAGACAUCUCAGUUUAUUAAUCUCUUCUAUCUGAAGAAUUGAUUGACAGUGCUUACAUGUUUUGUGUUUCAGUACUUCAUUUCUGAACCUUCAGAAUGUGUCAAGAGGAUGCCCUCUGGUCCCUUUACAAUUGGAUGUGCACAUGUUAUUGUGUUUCUCACGUGACAUCUUUACACUUUACACUCAGUUCAAGUGCAUUAAGAAGUAUUGUCUGUAAUGCCCAUGUCAUUUUAAGACAACACUAUUUAUUUAUGUGGAAAGCUGAGCGAAGAUGUUUUUAUAUCAGUAAAUAUAAUCCAGCUAAGCGUGGGGAAGAGUAAUUCAAUUAGAGUCUUCACUCAUCUUUUGGAAAUAUGAAAGUCCUCAUAUUUAAGUCUUAACCUCAGAGGAACUAACAACAGCUCCUCUUAUUCUGACAACAGUCUUCUACUUUAACUGUCCAACUGCUCUUGCACCUGACAGAGUCAUCCUAAUCAAGUCGACUUCCCACAGACUGCAUACUGUGAUUCCAUCAUGUUUACUACUCGAUAAUCUGCUGCUCGUUAUCAUCAAGCCACGCUCUCCUUUUUGUAUUUUCUAGUUUGGGCUUGUGUUCCCAGCGGUUGUUUCAAUCAGUUUCACUUUCCAACCAUAGGCAUGAGUAAAAUCUCUAAAGUGGUAGUGAGUAAUGAGGUUGGUUAGCGCAUCAGAAAUGACCUCCUCUGCUCGGUCAACCUGUCUAGAGCUACCGCUAAAGCCUGGCUGAAACCCAGUGGGAGGGACUAAAGUGAAAAGGAUGAACAGGAACCAGACUCACAACCUCUCCGUCAACAGUUGGAAUGAAAAAUGAUGUUACUUUGGCUGUUUUUGCACCAAUCACCUGUCGGUAAGACUGAUAUCAGACGCAAAGAUGUCCUCAGACGUCACAGGGACACCAGCUGCUGCGAGUGCGAGUGUACACUAUUACAGUAUUUGUGACGUGAAACACACACGAUAAUGUGUUUUAGUGGUAUUAAGCAGGGCUAUUAUAUAACAUUAGUACCAUUUUCCUGUUGUUUUAUACUUUAGGAUGACUCGAGAUCAGCAUAUGACGCUUGAGGGGCUUAGGAGUUUGGCAAUUAUGUACAUGACACAUCCUCAGGUGCCUUACAUUCUCAUAUGACUCUGUGAGUGAAUGUUUUGGGUUGAGAUUUGUGGAAGGAUUUCAACACCUCUUAGAGUGCAGGUUUGUCCGUAAUACCAUUACAAAGGGCUGGAAACUGGGAUGGGUCGGCUGCAGAAAUCAAAUUUACAUUUAUAUUUGACGAGUCAAACGUCCGGCUGUAAUAAACUACAGCACAGUCUUGAGGAUUUAAAAGGGGAGUUGCUCACUUUUGCGUUUUUUUUGGUUCAGAUCAUGUCGAUAAUUGGAUUUAUGUAUUAUGACAGCGUACACAUCUCCUUUAACCCUUGUGUUGCCUUAGGGUCAUUUUGACCCGAAUCAAUAUUACACCCUCCCCCCGCCUUUGGGUCAUUUUGACCCGAUUCAAUGUUUCACCCUCCUGUUACCUUUAUAUUUACUAACAUAUUUUACCCUUUGGGUUCAAUUUGACGCCAGCAAUUAAAACCUCCAGAAAAUUAUUAGAAUUAAUAUUGUUUUCCAAGUUUAAGUGUGAGGCACUUUAUGUUUGUUUGUUGACUACCGAAAGAACACCGACAUUAAACAUUGAAUGGGGUCAAAUUAAUCCUAAGGCGGGGGGAGGGUGUUAUAUUGAUUCGGGUCAAAAUGACCCUAAGGCAACACAAGGGUUAAGAAAAAGAAGAAGAGAGAAUAGGAGAGUAUAAGUGUAUUUCUUGGAGCAGAUAUGACGUCUCUGAGUGCACAUUUAUUUCAGCAUUUCUUGAAAGGUCUUUAUCUAUUUUUCCUCCUCGCUGUGAUAUUGUAAUCUUGUGAUGCGUUGGCCUUUUUGGCAUCUUCAUCUACAGAAUCUGGAGAUGGACAAAACUUGACCAGCCAAAUGGUGCAAUAGGGUUUUCAUACAAUGACAGGCGGGCGAUCACCUCUUCACAUACUUACCUCAUGGUUAAUAGCAGACAUGGUAGAGUCGGAGUCGUUGUGUUUCCACAGGAACGCGUUGUCAUGCCUGUGGACUAUGCAGUGGGACUUCUGUGGGGCGGCACAGCUUGCAGGCCCCGGUGUAGAUCACCUUUCAUUUCCAGAGUCCUGAGAGCACGCCGGCUAUCGUGCUUUACAUGACAGGAGCAAACACGUGUGCCGCCAUUGUCCUCCUCACUUCGGUACUUAAUGCUGAUUUAAAGAGUCUAGUGUGAAGAAAAAUCAGCAAUCUUUCAGUCAUUCUCGAAAAUGAUUCACGUGGAUGUGAGAACUUCUUUUGCCAGGGUCGCUUUGUACAAGAUAGUUUGCGGUAUCAUAUUUGACACUAACAUCCUGUAAUAGUUGUCCUCAAGAUAAACCUCAGAGAAGUUUGUAAAGGUGCUGAUUUAAUCAACUUCUCUUCUUGUGCUUUUCCUUCAUUUGCUUUUGUUAUUUUUUUUAUUCUGACAAUCAACACACACCAAAAGCAUCAAAUGCACACACACACACACACACACACUAGAACAGCAUGUCAAAUGACAUCCUCAAGAUAAAAGCCCGGAGUUUCCCUUUUACGCAUCUUGAGGAUGUCUUUACAGGCGCCGUAACAUUUUCAUGGAAAGCUUUUCUCCUUGUUUUAGAUACAGUUGCACUGCAAAGAUGUCUUUCUAUUGCUGACUCUCUCUUCUCAUAAAUCAUGUGACUUUUGAUGACAUGGAUCAGAGUUUUGCCUGUUGUCACAAGCCAAACAGACACAUUGAUGUCAUGCAAGUAACACUGGGCUGUGUAUCUGCUCCUCAAGCAAUAAGCCUGAUAUAGAUAUUUAGGUUGGCUUUUCCUUCUGAUCUUUAGACUCCUGAUGAACCUAAACCUGAGGGCUGUUACAGUAUUGUUUAGGAGGAGGUCACUGCUUAACUGUUUGAUUUUUUUGGGGGGAAAUAUGCAUAUUCGCUAGGCGAGUGUUGAAUACGUUGAUUGAUACCACGCUAUGUUUCCGUUAAAUGUGAAUCUAAAGCCAGCAGCUGUCUAGCUUAGCUUAGGACAAAGACUGGAAACACAGAGACGGCUUGUUGGGCUCUGUCCAAAAGGAACAAAAUCCCCCUAAAAGCAACUCUAAAGCUCCCUAGUAAACUUGAUUGGUCUUGUUUGUUUCAUCCAUAUCUCUACAGCUAAGCUAACGUAUUGUGGGAAACAGCCAGCCUGAUGUAUCAAAAUCCACUGAAAAACACCUCAAUAACCACAGGAUAUUUAUGUAUGUUCAAUUCAUACAAAAAAAGUGAUAUUGGAUUAUUUCUUAGCUAACAAGGUAGCCUACAGUAACUAGCUGUUUCAGCCGCCAUUAGACGGUUAGCUUAACGUAGCCAUAAAGGCUGAAAAGAGGGUAAACAGCUAGUCCACCACAUACUGAAAUCGAUCAACAUAAAACCCACACGUUGUCAUCAAUCAACAAAGAGUUGUGAAGGGAAUUAAAAGCAUGAUGUUUCCAUCUGUUAAUUAAUUUUGAUAGCAGGCUAGAAGAUUCCAGACGGUUAUCAAAGCUAGCUUGUCCUGGCUGUAGCUUCACAUAAAUUCAAUCCUUUCAUCUCAGAAAGCAAAUAUGCAUCUUUACCAACAUGUUUCUAUGAUUCUUUUGAAUGUGUGAUUGGUUUUCUGACGUCAUGUUGAAUCAGAACUUUUUAAGGCAAUGUAACAUUUUAUCAUACUUAAUAUCUGUAAGUCCUUUUAUGUUUCAUUGUUUCAUUUCAUGAUUUAUUCUCUUUAUAUUUGGGACCUCACUGCCCAACUCCACAGUUCAGGGCCUGAGUCGAUGUGAAUCAGUUUACAUUGCCUCUGAAGGACAGUUAUACUAUUUUACACCACUGCUUGUCUCUGCACCAAUUCUUCAUGAUCACAGCCAGAAUAGACAAGCAUAUGUGGUCUGCAUUUGCAUAUUUUUUUGGGAAUUGCUUGUGACUGUAUAACUUGGAGGAAAACAUUUUCUGAAUCUGUGCUGUUCUUUUUGUUUCACGGUUUUAUGAGGGGAGAGAGAGAAGUCACAAUUCUGUUUGCCUUCGGUGGAGAAAUGUCUUGUGUCGUGGCUGUGGGUAGAAAUAACAGAAGGCCUCUUGUGGGUUUUGCAAUGUGAUAUGAGAAAAAUUGUAUAGUAUAAAAGAUUUGUGGUUAUCUUAAAACUAUUUUGAAUUGUUAUAUAUAUAUAUAUCAAUAAUGAGGAUAAAUAUAAUGCCAAAUAUUCAGUAUUUGUACAGAAAUAUACAUAUAUAAAUAUAUAAUAUAUGCCUAAUUUAAAUGGAACUAUUUUCCGCUCUUGACCAUGUUUAUGUUGUUUAACGUUCCUUUGUCAACAUUAUUUUAUAAGAUCUUCAGAUAGCAUGCAGGAUAGUGAAAAUGAAUGUAUUAUUUAGUGUUUCAUUGCUGUUCAGUACUACAGCAUUCUACAGACCAGUUUGUGUUUGUAAGAAUAAUUUAAGCUGAAUAUUUAAUUUCAAGAUUUGUUUACUUAUAAAUUAAUUGUACACUUUUUUAUUUAUUCAAGUUUCUGAAAUGGUUUAAAUAGUUUAUAUCAUUUUUUAAAUUAUUUUUCUGAUUUAUCAACGUGGCUCAGUAUAUUUUGCCUCUACGAAGUACUGCUAUCAACCAUCUGUUGUAAAUAAUUAUGCAAAUUAAACUUUUGGAAGAAAACAGCA